CAAUUGCUUGAAAGAAGUACAAAAUCGAUCGAGCUCGCAUGAACAUUAAAUUGAAUUAAUUACAACACGAAUUAAAAAAUCGAGCAAACAAAAAUGAGCGAAAAUGUGAAGAAUAAAAUCGACGACAUCGACAACAUCGUCGCGGACAUGAGCAACCUCUGCAUGAACGAACUCUACUCGGACGUGGUGUUUUUCGUGGAGGAUCAGCGGCUGCCUGGCCACCGCAACAUUCUGGCGGCGCGCAGUGAGUACUUUCGCGCCAUGCUCUAUGCCGUCAUGGUCGAGUAUAAGGAACAGGAAGUUUGGCUGGAUGUGCCGCUCAAAGCCUUCAAGCUAAUCCUGAGCUAUAUGUAGGGCACG